AUGUCACACUGCGGAACCUGUGACCGUUGGUUCAACACCUAUAAUGGGUACCUCCAACACGUCAACAACAGCCCAGCCCAUCAAUCCUCUUCCGAGUCGGAUUGGGAGUGCGAUGCCUGUGACCGCAGCUUUGCAACAGAAAACUCUCUACAUCAGCACUGCUCUAGCGCUGGAGGCCAUCCGUACUGCAUCUCGUGCAAGCGCAUGUUCAUCAGCCAGCACAACCUAAUGCAGCACAUGCAUUCCAAGACCCACUCCUCCAUGGCCUGCCCAUUCUGCAAAUCCCCAUUCGCGAACGCCUCCGGUGUGAUUAUCCAUUUGGAAGCCGGUCGCUGCUCCUCGGGCUUUGAUCGUCACAGGAUCAACGAGGCUAUUCGCAAGUUGGACCGCAAUAAUGUUAUUACGAAGCCGAUGAUCGAGUUGCCAGGUUACGGUGGCCGUGUGGAGACGAUGGCUACGGAUAUGGCUUGGAAUGGCUUUGGAUUCGAGUGUUAUCUCUGCCAACGAGAAUUUGGCAGCCUUCACGGCCUGAAUAAUCAUUUGAAGAGCCCGGCCCAUGAUCAAGAGAUAUACCGCUGCCCCAAGGCAGGCUGUGGGCGAAAUUACAAGCUUCUCAGUGCAUUGGUUCAGCACGUGGAGAGCGAGAGUUGUGGACUGAUGAGAUUCAGCCAAGUUCAAAAACACGCUCGAAAUGGCAUUGAUAACAUGGUGGGCAGAAUGAUUACAAGAUAA